CCCCUGUCCCUCCCUCCGCCUCCUCCUCUCCUGUCCGGUCCUCACUCUCCAAUGUGACCGGGGAGCAGCAGCUGUCAGCGGCCGGAGCAGAGGCGAGGAGCAUCAAGAUGGGGGAGACGCAGAUCUACAGCCAGCGCCUGCAUGGAAUCAAUGAAAAGCGCAGGAUCCUGGGAGAGGUGGACGUCAUACAGAGGGAGCUGGAACUGCAAAAGGUGAAGCUGCAGCAACUGAAGAGGAAGUCUCUGCGGGAUCGAUGGUUGAUGGAUGGCCUGGUCCCUUCUCCAGGUGCAGAAAUAGAGAAUCCUCUAAGUGAGACAGAAGAUAACAUAAAGAAGCUGGAAGAUGAACUGAAGAGCCUCCAGUUACAACUGGUCUGUUUGGAAAACCCAGAACUGAAAAUUGAGAAUUUAAAGAAACAUCAGGGCUCAGACUCACAUAAACCAAUUGUAAAUGGUGACCAAACCCAACAAAUCUCUGACCAAAAAAACCCAACUCCCAGCAGGAGAGAAAUUCAACAAGAACACAAAGUCAUACAAGAAGAAGAUGUACAGCCUAAUGGGGAAGAGGAAAAACAUGGGGAAAAUGUUGACCAAACACAAAAAGAUCCUACCGUGAGUAAAGAGGUGGUGGUAGGACAUCCAACGGCAGCUCCUCGGGGUAUAAGAGUUUCUGGAAAUCAGAUGGAAAAGAAUCAAGAUCAAUCAUCUCCAGAUCAGAAGCUGGAGAUUGUGGACCAGAGAAAUGAAGAAGAACAUGACAAGGAAAUUCAGAAUAUUAAUCAUCGUCAAGAACCUCAGGAUGACACAUCUGAGAAUCUGGGUUCAAAUAAGGAGCUUAAAGCUGAAAGCCUUGACCAGGAACAUACUUAUACAGACCAGAAUUCUGAAUGUCUAGAUAAAAGACUGGAGCUGGAGGAGGAAAACUUGGAACAUCUCACUAAGGGAUUAGAGCAUGUAGAUCUUAACUUCAACGCGGAAAGUCCUAAGGUGGAUGUCUCACAACCAAGUCUAUCAAAUGAAGGCAUAAUGAAUGAUUCAGAUAUGGUCAAAGUAUUAGUGCUUGAGAAAAUUGAACUACAUGAGGAUGAAACACAACCAUCUCCUAUUAUCAAGAAACAAGAUGAACCAAGCGACAAUAGCCAAGGUGGAGAGGAGAAGCCAGUGUCAGUAUCAAUUGUCCCAAAUCAAGAUGAAGAGAUUACAGUACCAUGUAGAAAUCAAGACCAAAAUGUAGAAUCUGCACUUUCAAGAUGCCAAGAGGAACCCCUUGACCUCGUGCCUGUGUUGAUAGGUCAUGACAAAGGUGAAGAUUUGGAGUCAAAUUCAUACACUGCACACCAAAGCCUUGUAAUAUUGUCAUCCAACCAGGAACAGAGUACAAAACUGCCAUGUAAUGACCCGAAUCCUAGCCUAUCACUGCCAUGUGAGGACCUAACACGUCAAGUCCAGAUAUCCCAAGUGGUAGUCAUAUCAGCUCCAGGAAACACAUCUUCUGGAGAACUUUCCCAGCACUCUUCUCAACUGGGUCCUUCAACUGACCUCAACCGACCUGGUACAACAGAAGCAAGCUCUCCUGCAGAAAGCCAGCCCCUCUUGCACAAACCAACAGAAACUGAUGCACAGUCGGGCCCUCAUGGGACUAACACGGCAGAGACACGAGAUAAGAACCCACCUGUGAAAAAGAAGAGUUGUCAGUGCUGUGUGGUCAUGUGAAAAACGGGACACUACACUAACAACAAAAUCAAGAGUUCCCAAGUGCAGCAUUCAUCUCUGUGGUUUGAAAUAAGAAUUUGCAUAUUAUAGGUCGUCGGAGAGGAUAACAUUUGCAGUAAAUUCUUGGCAGUAGUAUCAGGGCUAUGACUACCCAAUAUUAAAUUAAAAGAAUAUAUUGUAUAUAAGUGUACCGUAUACGUCACCUGCACACAGUGGAUGUCGCCAUCUUGUAGGCUUGGAACCAGCACUUCUGGAAGGGCUCGUGAAUAGUGAUACAAGCCACAAAAUUGCUACCACUGUGCCCAGGGCAUGGUUUGCACUUUAAGUAUUUUAAUGAAAAAAAAAAUUAAUACACAAAAACGGAUAAUGAAAAAGGAAAUAUGUUAAUAAUUGUAUGAAUUUAUUAUGAAUAAAACAAAACCUGUAUUUUUCAUUCAGAA